CUAAGGGAAAUAGUAACGCCUUUUACUGGAAUUUAAAACACACAACGCAGUUUCACUUUCUAUCGAUCAACUGGCUUGUGAGGAGGAAAUAAACACAGACUAAGAAGUUUAGAAAACAGCCCUAAAAACAAAUGCAUCAAAUAUUUUAAUAAGGUAACAUACUUGAAGAAGAGCCAUGGCAUUGGACUGUAUCCGCAUGAGCUCCAAAGAGUUCACCAAGAAGGAGUUUCUGGACUAUGGCGGAUUUGGGAAGGUUUCACUGUGUCUUCAUGAGACGCACGGCUUUGUGGUGUUAAAAACAGUCUACACAGGACCUCUAUGCACUGACUCCCAAGCCCUCCUGGAAGAAGGUGAAAUAAUGAACAGACUGAAUCAUGAAAGGAUUGUAAAGCUGCUUGGUGUGAUUUUAGAGGAAGGCAACCACGCCCUUGUGAUGGAAUACAUUCCCAAAGGCAACCUGCUCAUGAUGCUCAAAAAUGUAUCCGUGCCAAUUUCCAUAAAGGGAAGAAUCAUUUUAGAGAUCAUUGAUGGGAUGGCUUACUUAACCCAGAACAGCAUCAUACACAAGGACCUUAAACCUGAGAAUAUCUUAAUUGAUAAAGAUGUUCAUGUAAAGAUUGCAGACCUCGGACUGGCCACCUGUAAAGCCUGGAGCAAAUUGACCAAGGAGGAGUCCAGAAGGCAGAGCCGCUCACGUAGAAAACCGCAGAGCAACGCAGGCACUCUUUAUUACAUGGCCCCAGAACACCUGAACAGCAUCAACAGCAGAUCCACUGAAAAAUCAGACAUAUACAGUUUUGGCAUUGUAGUCUGGGUCAUUCUGGCAAAUAAGGAGCCAUACGAGAAUGCAUGCAAUGAAGAUCAUGUUUAUUACAGUGUCUGUAAAGGUGAUCGUCCAGACCUGAACGACAUUCCCGUCUCUACACCAGAGGAGAUUACAAAUUUAAUGAAGCUCUGCUGGGAUGCCGAUCCCACCAAGCGCCCAACAUUCACAGACUGCUUUGAAGAAUUCAGUCCUUUUUACGAAAGGCAUCUGACCAAAGACGUAGAAAGAGACCUGGAAAACCUUAGGAAAGAAUAUGAAGGACCAGAAGAUUUUUUGGAAAAAAUGAAGUCGCUGGCAUUAGAGACCAUUCAAGAUCACCCUAGUUCCUUGCGCAGCUCCCAAGAAUUGCCUGUUGAAACCAGCAUUGAGGACAUCAUUUUUUCUUCAAACAGUUUUACCGAGCAUUCCAUCCAGAUGGAUGCUGCCCCUGGUGAGAACCUUCUGCAGCAGAAACUAGACGGGGAGUACAAAUACCACAAGUACGGUAGCCGCAUGGAUCACCAAGAGAGCCAGCAUGCCUCAGGCAGCAGACUUGAUCCGCUUAGAGAAGAAAGAAACAGAAGAGUCUCCAACAAUCCUUCCUAUGAAAAGGCUUCCACUGGAGAAUCUGCAGCCAGGAAUAAAGAGGUGCCUGAGAGGGAACGUUAUUUAGGGCUGUCUUCCCCUGAAGAAUCCAAAGUGUUUCCUAAUACCAGUGAUACCAGUCAGAAGACAGAAGUUAAAGCCCAACCAUUUAACUACCCUGGCAUGUAUAACAGUCCUGGAACUGUGGGGCCUGUGCCGGGUAGUCCAUAUCCAUACGGUAUGGGCGCACCUUUCCCAUAUAAUCCUGAGUUUCAGCGCAUGAAUUCUUUGCCAGCUGGGUUUCCAGUUCCAGAGUCAGAUGCUACGCAGGGGAUGCCCUUCAGUCCUAUAACUCUUUACCCACCACAAGAUAAAGAAAACAUCACUACCCCCACUGCUACUAAGUGGGUAUGGCCUAAUAACUGUUAUGCUUCAAUACCAGGACUGCUAAAUCCAAAUGACUUUUUAGGGACAGGAAACUGGAUUAUAAACAAUGCCAGUGGAGUGCAGAUAGGCAAUUACAACCACCUGAGCAUCGGAAACCAGACCAUCAGCUCAGAACCAUGCCAGUCUAGUCCGCAAAGCAACAAUUGUCCUGUGGAAAUGAUACAAAUGUUUGAGAAUAAUCCAGUUGAGGAAGAACAUCUUCAACUGCUUCGAGACAACCUUGGCAGAAACUGGAAACACUGUGCCCGGAAACUUGGCAUUGGAGAGCCAGAAAUUGAAGUGAUUGAUCACGACUACGAAAGGGAUGGACUGAAGGAGAAGGUUUACCAGAUGCUUGAGAUGUGGAAGAUGAGGGAAGGCCAGCGAGGAACCACGGUUGGAAAGCUAUUGAGAGCCCUCCAGAACAGCAAAGGUGAUCUCCUCAAUAAACUACUUCAGCUAUGCAAGAACAUGCAAUCCCCAUAAAUGAAUGAGGAUCUGAAUACUCGUGUUCAUAUAGAUAGGGGGAGAGUAGGAUUUUGAGCCAGAGACAUUGAUUCUUUGUAUUGAAAAGUGAAAAAAAACUCCAACCCUUAAAUUUUGAAGAAUCAUGAAUCUCUGGGAAGAAUAUGAAUAUUUUUGUAUUAGGCUGUUAAAAUACCUUAACACUAGAACCGCCGCGGGAUUAAUGACAUUUAAAAUGUAAACGAAUCUGCGUACUGUCAAUGCAAUGCGGUUAUCCAUUUAAAAAAAAAAAAAAAGGACAACCGCAUUGCAUUCACAAACGCAGAUUCAUUUACAUUUUAAAUCCAAACCCGUGAAAAUGACUACCGUGGCGUUUCUAGUGUUAAUGUCAGAUGUUUUCUAGGAGCAACACUUUAAAAGGUAUAGAAUUGUCUUGCAGAGCCCCCUGCUAUUUCCCAGCCUCCCCCAAUAUUAUUAUAUAAUUAUUAUUAUUUUUAAACAUACAAUACAGUGGUAACUUUUUAUGUGAUUUUAAAAAAUGGUUGUCUCCUUAAAAAUGGCAUAAACGUGUAAUGUGUCUGUCUGAACUGUAUCAUCUCAAUCCAAAAAAAAAAAAAAAAACUUUUUGUUACUAUAUAAAGUUCAAUUCAAAACCACUGUUAGCUAAAGUACUACUUCAAGAUCAUGUGAUUUUUUUUACAUUUUUAUAAAUCAAGUCAUCUGAGAAAUGUCAGUCUCAUUCAAGCAGUAGGCUAAUUCCCAGACAUUCUAUAAAGAUACAUACAUGUUAUUUUGUAUUUAAAAUGAGGACCCUUUUGCACUGAUUGUGUCCACUUCUCUGCCUGUCCCACAUACUGUGAGUUUAUACAAAUGUAUCCCUUUGCCUUUUCGUAUUGCAAGAUUAUAAAGACAUUUUGUAUGUGUGUGAGAACUGCUGUCUGAAUUUCAUAAAAAAUUGUAAUGUGUUACUAUUGAACAUGUUGUAUAUAAACAGUAUUGAAGGCAAUAUCUUGAGAAGCAGUUGUCUGUUGUGAUUGACAUUAUACUGUUCUAGGUGUAGGUCAUGCUGACAUACGUGGUUUGCCUACAUUCAGUCUGAUAGCAACACAACUACAGUGUUUUUCCCCCAAAAAACCAACCACAGAGAAAACUGAAAGUGGCAUUAAACAUAGAAGCUAAACAACAUUGAGGAAGUUCAGAAUAUGGGUUACCAUCCUCACACCCCAGCAGACAGAAAUGCAGCAGAUCUUGGCACAAUCAGGGUGUCGUUACCUUGCAGUUACCCAAACUCCGACAGGCCUUAAUGCUUUGGAUGAUUUAUGAAUAAUGUAUAAUAUAUUGUGACAUAUGUUUACUUUAUAUGAAUUGAAUAGUUGGAUACAUUUAUCAUUUGAAUGACAAGUGUUACUGGAAUGUCUUGUGUCUACAAUCUUUAAAUAAAAAGAUGGGAACUGCCACACUAACACAUA